AUGUUAAACAAUAGUAUAAAAAUGUACAAAAUAACACAAUUACAAACAUUAAUACAACGAACAAUAUUGUUGAAUGCUAAACGGAAAGUCAGCGUUCCACGGACAUACUCCUGUCUAUGCGGACAAGUAUAUUUAAAAAAUAUACCACAUAAAUAUGAAAUUACUCGAGUACAUUCAACACAAAGUGAUCAACAUAGACAAAAAGUUGUCAUAGAGACGACAUCACCGAAGAUUGUCUAUGAAAAGUUAGAAGAAAAGGUUUUACCCGACCGUAGACAUAUAGAAUUAGGUUCCGGAUUCUGGAAAGAGAAUAUUAACCCGUAUUUGAAAUUAGCAAGAUGGGAUAAACCUAUUGGAAUAUACCUACUGUACUGGCCCUGUGCGUGGUCAAUAGCAAUGGCUUCGGUUCCCGGGACGGUCCCUCUACAGACGUCGUUACAGACGGCCGGACUGUUCCUGGUGGGCGCUGGACUGAUGAGGGGCGCCGGGUGCACUAUUAAUGAUAUGUGGGACAGGGAUGUUGAUGCCAAGGUAGAAAGGACGAAGUCCCGUCCCUUAGUGACAGGCGCGGUGUCUGAGACACAGGCGGUUGUGUUCUUAGCGGCUCAACUUAGUCUAGCACUGGCUGUGUUACUGCAGUUGAAUUGUUAUAGCAUCGUGCUCGGAGCUAGCAGUAUGCUCCUAGUAGUAACCUAUCCUUUAGCAAAACGCUACACGAACUACCCUCAAAUAUUUCUGGGAGCCACAUUCAACUGGGGGGCUCUAUUAGGCUACAGCGCUAUACAGGGUGAUCUGAACCUGGCGAUCUGUGGCCCCCUGUACAUAGGAGCGCUAGCAUGGACUGUGGUAUAUGAUACUAUUUAUGCGCAUCAGGAUAAGGAAGAUGAUAUGAAAGUUGGUGUUAAAUCAACAGCUCUAACAUUUGGUGCCAACACUCGUCCAGCGCUGAGCUUGUGCCUGGGUGUGAGCGCACUAUCACUGAGUGUAGCUGGACAAGCUGCAGAGCUGGGCCUACCGUAUCAACUCGCUGUAAUGGCUUACGUAGCUCAUGCUGCUAGACAGAUAUACACUCUUGACAUGGAGAAUCCGGAAGAUUGUGCAUCAAAGUUCAAAUCAAAUGCGUCAGUUGGUGCCAUUAUUCUCAUGGGUAUAUUAGCAGGAGGAUAUAAGAAAUAUAUGAAUAAUGUAGCUGAAGGUAAAAAUAUACAGGACACGGCAAAAAGCUGUCUAUUCAGCUAA